GAUGAAAAAUCUUACCGUAUAAGUGUUGGCUCACAGCACGAGAUAGACAACCCUGCCCAUAAGACUAGCUAACCAAUAGCAAUAGGCUUAGAGUCUUUAAUCCCACCCUUUCUUCCUGUGCUUCUUUCCUUCAGCGCUUUGGAAGUUUAUUAUGUACACAUUUCAUGUGUGUCUGUAAAUAGAGCUCGCACGGACAAUAGUCCAUGUAAAUAAAACGUUUCUUUUGACGUUUUUCUGAACUCUUUGGAGCGUGCCCUGAGCGGUGUGCGCUGUCUUUUAGCUAAAUACUAAAGAGCAAAGAGGGCGAUUUACUAUGGCUUGUCCGAUCUAUCCAAAGGACACACCGCAGCCACCCGAAGGACAUCGAAUUUCAGCAAGUACUGCGUCAAAUUGGAGGUAAAGAGAGUAUAUACUUGAUAAGUGAUGCGGUCAAAUCGGACGAGGAGGACGAAGACAGUGGGAUAUUAAAGGAGUUCAUUCAGGACAUGUUUCAUAGCGGGCGCACUGAAAACCUUGGUACGAGCCAUGCCAACAACAACACUAAUGGUCAGGUUUAUUCCUCUCCAAAUAGUCAAGGCGAUACUACAAAAGAAAAUAAUGGUACAUGCGAAACAGUAAUCGACUGCAAGACUUUGCCUCAAGCCCAGGGGAACAAAAUACCUCUGUCAACGAGGCCAAAGGAUUUAGUAUUGAGUGCCAAGUCUGUGGGGGAGGAUAAAGGACCACUAAGGCUCAAUGGGAACGUUCAAAAGACCAAAACCUUAAGCAUGAACAGUUGUAGACGAAAGCGAAUAAUAGACUAUCCUAUUAUAAUAUUCAUAUUCAGACACGAGUUUUUCAGUGGCAGUGCAAACGCAAUUUGCCUGAAAGAAAUUCUGAAGGACGUUAGGGCACGUACGAAACGUGCCAAUGUCCUCCCAGCACUAGUCGGGUUAAUACGCUCACUAGGUGAGAGCAAGGAGUCGCGUGAAUCUGUGGGAAUUCUGGAGGGCCUGCUUCGUUCAGUGUUUCGGAAACAUCCCCCAGAAGCCAUCUGGGCAGGGCAUUUCAUUCCCAAAACGGAGGAUAGGAUGCUCGCCAUCAAGAAAUAUGCCAGCAAAGCCAUCUAUUCGUCUCAAUCGUCAGGUGAAAUACACAUUUUCAAAUGUUUGUGGUUUGUAAACCAUGGUCAGUUAUUUUAUGCACUGUGUUAUAGGCCUCAUGAAUUGUUUGUACUUUUAUCAUUUUUAUGAAUGUAUGCACACAUGACUGUAAGUCGCUUUGGAUAAAAGCGUCUGCUAAAUGGCAUAUUAUCAUAACUCAUGUUUAGCCAUAGGCCUAUAGUCUAUGUAGGUCAGUUCAUGACACCCAUAAGACUGGGGGGACAUUUUUCAUGCAUUCAAUAUUCUCACAGGCUAGUGGACUUCAGAACAAAGUAAGCAUUCAGUAAGCAAACUGCCCCAUAGAUUUGCUGCCAAAUGUUCAUGCUCAUUAUUGCCUUUGCAGAUAAUUCUGGGGAAAGAGGGAACAUGUUUUUCAGGCCAUUCCAAUGUUUGCCUUGGCCUAGAAGAAGACAUGGCUGCCAGGCCAACAACACUUCAGCAAACAGGCAAAGAGGUAAAUGUUGUCCUCUUCCAAUUCCACUCUCCGUGUACGUCCUUGACAGUAAAUGGGGGUACAUAACAGUUCAAUGUUGUUGUUUUUCAGGUGACACAGGAAGUGCAGAGGAAGGGAUUCCUCUGAAGACUGGUGUUCUGUCCGCUGGACCCCAGGCAGAUUCAGACUGUGGUGUAACCAGAAAGGACAGUCAUGAUGACACUCAUGGGUCAUGAGUUCCCAUGUUCAACUGUGGACAAUGCUCUCAGUCAAACCCACAAAAGUUGGGCUCAAGGAACAUUGGCGUCUGUACGUUUGCUGUUAAGUCACAUGACUGACACAUUGGCCUUGCAAUGGGUUGAUGAUCAGUCACAGAAGAGUUGAUACAUUAGCCUGUGAUUUAGAACAAUUUGAAUUUAGAGAGAUAACUCAAGUUACGCAACUUAAUACAUUUAGUGUACAUGCGUAUCUUGUGAGUUUACUCUGUUACAUAGCCAUCCAUGUAUGUUGUCACUUUAUAUAAUUGUAAAUGUAAUAUCUGCUUUUGUUGAGAUAACAUAGUUACAAAGAGCUCAUCUUGAAAUGUAAAACAACAAUGAAAAAAUGUGACCGACAAACACUAUGACCAUUUACAUCAUGCUGUUCGGUAAGUAUAUUGAUGUUGUUUUCUUUUGCUUCAGUUUAUACUUGACUUCAGUUAACAUUAAGCAACUAGUUAGAUUGAAAAUAUUGUUCUUUAACCCAUAUAGAUUUAAUAGGCACAAUGAAAAAGUGUUAGAAACAAUGAGAAACUCAGAAAUGUGAAACAUUUAGGUGCCUUAGAAUUUCAGACUACACUAAAUAAAAAUGCUUGGUUAAAAACAACCCAGUGCUGGGUAAAUAAUGGAUAUGUUUUUGACCUAGCCAGUUGGGACACUUAGUUGGGUUAUUGAGCUAUGAUCCACCGAGUCAGAUCAGAAGACUGGUGUGGCUUAGUUGGGGCGUGGCUUUCAGAUGGUUCUUUUUGGCCACCUGUGAGAGUAAAUGUAAUUCCGGUUAAUCUGUUCUGUUGUAUUGUCAACACAUGAUAAGGUUGAGUACUGACACUUUUGUAGCUUAAUGAGGUUUACACAAGUUGAGUUCCUCAAGUGCCAAUGUUUGGAUAGUUACCAGUUUGUUAUGAUAUUUAAAUAAUAAUGUAAUUAAUUGUAUA